UUUUUGUCGUUUUGUUGCCGUAAUUUCUCUCUUUUCUCUUUCUCUGUUAGUAGUAUCACUAAUUAUCAGGAAGAAAAGGGAGAAGGAGAGUUCCCGCAUUGCUCGGAUUUGAUUCCGUUGAUUUUUUUUUUCCUCCCCGAGAAAAUCUGUGAUCGAGAAGUCAAAGAAAAUCAAUGACUACGAAGAACUUGGUGGAUCCUUCGUGGCGUCUUCUGGCUGCGUGCGGCGGGGACACGGUCAAGCUCUUCGACGUUUCCGCCGGCGCCGAGUCUAGUGAUGAUCCCUGCGUUUUGAGCUAUACUCCGACGCGUGGCUCUGUCGUCAAUUCCGUGAAGUGGAACCAUACGAAUAUGGUUGUAGCGAGUGUUGGAGAAGAUAAGAAAAUAUCUCUGUGGCAUAAAAAUGGCAAGAGCUUGAUAACAGUGCCGGUUACUUUGACGAACAGCAGUGACACCAAUGAGGAAUGUUUAUCGGCCAUUAACUUCAGCAACAAAGGGUCGAGGUAUAUGUGUUCUGGAGGAACUGAGAAAGCUCUGUAUCAAAAAUCUCAAGGGGCAUACAAGUACAAUAACGGGUGUGAUGUACAACUGCAAAGACGAUAAUUUGGCUUCUAUCAGUGUUGAUGGGGAUCUGAUUGUCCACAACCUUAGAUCUGGAGAAGGAGCUACUGAACUCAAAGAUCCAAACGGCCAGGUGUUGAAGGUUCUCGAUUAUUCAAGGUUCAGUCGACACCUUCUACUUACUGCAGGUGAUGAUGGGACUGUGCAUCUCUGGGACACGACUGGUCGUAACCCAAAGAUGUCCUGGUUGAAGCAGCAUUCUGCACCAACUGCUGGUGUUUGUUUCUCUCCGUCAAAUGACAAGAUAAUUGCCAGUGUGGGGCUAGACAAAAAGCUUUACACUUACGACUCAGGUUCCAAAAGACCUUCUUCCUGCAUUCCGUAUGAAACACCUUUCUCUUCUUUAGCGUUUGGGGAUAAUGGGCACAUACUAGCAGCUGGAACCGGUAAUGGUAGAAUAGUAUUCUACGACGUACGUGGAAAACCACAACCUUUCACUGUCCUGCAUGCGUACAGCAGCUCAGAGGUCAAUACUUUUUCCCUUAGCGCAACCUCUAAGCAUUACGGUUUUGCUAUGGCUGUUACAAGUUUAUCCUGGCAAACAUCAAAACCGGUUAUUGUGAAUGAAAGAAACUGCACGCCUGAGAUGGCUCUUUUUGGUGGUACUGUGGAAGAUUCAGGUGUCAUUCCAGACCCUUCUCCCUCAACGUCAUCAUUAGCUUCACAUUCCACUGUGGUGCCAGGUUCUCAUGGAGUUUCCACUAGUACGGUGAAUCUAUCAUCAGCAGAAGAAACACCGAAUAGAAAUCAUCUAUGGCCUGGUGGACCGCUGAGCAGGCUACAGGCACACCGUGCCAGUGAUAGUCUUAAAGAUGACAUGGACAUAUUUUCCCCUAUCGUUGGCAUACAUUCUGUCGAGAAUUGGUCUGAUGUCGAAGGAUUGAAAAGGGAUCAUUUAGUUCUUGAUAAGAAGACUUCCUCCUUGACAUUUCCUUCAUCGAGCAAAGGAGGAUUUCCGUUUGGGGAUGACGGUAACAAGGAACAUCCAAUAAAUGACUGGAAAGAUGACACAGGAGCUGCCCUUUCGCCAUUUGUAUCCACUCCCACAGUACCAUCAAAAGGCGAAUACUCUGCUCUGACACCUCCAAAAGCCUGGGGUGGGGAGAGGUUCAACCACUUGGCUGCUAAUGAGAAGUAUUCUGAUAAAUUCAGUCACCUGAAUCCGCCGCUGCGUCUCGGAGUUUCAAGCUCAAGCGCUAGUACAUCUGGAUCAACAAUGUUUUCUGGUUCUAGAGAUUUCCCUUUGUCUCUUGGUCAGAAUCAGACGAGCCUUGCGAACGUUAGCAUUAGCUCAGAUUUCCCAGGCAUAAGAGACUUCUCUUCGAAAUUUGAGAAAUCCUCAGCACCUGCAGACAGUUUCCCAUCCAGCCCGUUGUUAACAAAAGGCGUCGCAGCUCCAGGCAACAUUGAUUCACUGAGGCUAUCACCAAGUUUUACUCGUAGGUUCUCAACUUAUGCUGAGAGAAUCAGCACCACCUCUUCCUUCAGCGAUGGAGCUUUUCUCUCUUUUGGUUCGCCUAAGAUAAAGAAAACAGGAGGCGAAACCAGAGAAGAUGUUCUGAAUAAUCUGUUGCAGAGACCUGAGAAAGCGGCUUCAACAGAUGCAGGAUCUCUUCCGAUUAUGAAUGGAACUAUGUACCAGGGAGGAGGAAGCUUGCAGCAGUCGAAUCAAUCCGAAACGGAUCCACAGCGAGGUAACAAUUUCACGCUUCAGCUAUUUCAAAGAACACUCGAAGGAACACUGGAUACUUUCAAGAACUCAAUCCACGACGAUAUGAGGAACCUGCACAUUGAGAUCUUGAGACAAUUUCAUAUGCAUGAGAUGGAGAUGUCAAAUACGUUAAACUCGGUUCUGGAGAACCAAACAGAGCUCAUGAAAGAAAUUAAGAUGUUACGGAAAGAGAACCAACAACUCCGGCAAAUGCUUUAGAGAGGGAAAGACAGAGGGAUGUCUAUAAGUCCGACCACUUUUUCAAUAGAAAAGCGUUCCAUCGUAGUUUGUAACAAACAUAUUAUUGCUCAGUGGUAACGAUGGAUCACUCUAUCCAUAUAUUUGUAACUAACAAAACUAAAAAAUAUUGACUCAUCUUGUUAAGGCUUUUGUCAACAUCUGAUUGAUUUUCCAAAUACAAAAGCUUAAAUCGACAACUGGAGUCUAAAUGAUUUCGCAUUUAAACAAGAGAUGGU